UGACGUCCUCUCUACCUAUAGGGUAGGCCCAGGGGCGGUGAGAACCUUCCCCGGAUGUGGGCGCGGCCCUGAGGUAGAAGUGAGAAAUCCUCUACCUCGGUCGUUUGGGGAGGCGGAGCUGAGGUCGCUUUCUUAAUUAUCAUGUGACGGGUUCUGGAUUUAAUGGGGGGAAAAGUGUGGAGUAGGCCAAGGAUCCGAACUGGCGAAUUCCCUGAUCUUCGCGCCUCUCUCCACUCUCCGGCCACCGGCGCAGCCAGGAUAUAUUUCCCAUUUUUCGACGCUGCAGCAGCCUAUUUAAACUGUUUAAAUGAGAAUGUCCUUGGCUCAGAGAGUACUACUCACCUGGCUUUUCACAUUACUCUUCUUGAUCAUGUUGGUGUUGAAACUGGAUGAGAAGGCACCUUGGAACUGGUUCCUCAUAUUUAUUCCAGUCUGGAUAUUUGAUACUAUUCUUCUGGUCAUGCUGAUUGUGAAAAUGGCUGGGCGAUGUAAGUCCGGCUUUGACCCUCGACAUGGAUCACACAAUAUUAAAAAAAAAACCUGGUACCUCAUUGCGAUGUUACUUAAAUUAGCCUUCUGCCUUGCACUCUGUGCUAAACUGGAACAGUUUACUACCAUGAAUCUGUCCUAUGUCUUCAUUCCUUUGUGGACCUUACUAGCUGGGGCUUUAAUAGAGCUUGGCUAUAAUGUCUUUUUUGUGAGAGACUGACUUCUAAGGACAUCAUCUUAUUUUAUUGCUGUUCAACAAGCUGUCAUUAAAGCAUUCUGAAUCUUUGCAAGCUUGAAGAAAACUGAGAAAAAUACCAAAUGUAUUUUAUUAUUGCUUCCAUAAAAUAGUCUUGGUGAAUCAUGGACUUCUAGUCAACCCAAAGCUUAAUUAUUCAAUAUUUGAGUUAUUAAUAUCUUUAUUAUCCCUAUUUAAAUAAAGCUUGUUUUGGACCUUAUAUUUCCACUUGACUUUUAAAUAAUCUUUUGUAAGGAUGGGUCAAUAUUUAAAGUAAAUAAGAACCUUUUAACCUACAUAUUUGGGUAGAAGUUUAAUGUGUCAUGGCCCCAUUACAACCAAUUAAAUGGUCAUUUGUGCUUCUAAAUAAUUACGGAUGAAGAAAAACUAGUUACUGAAAUAAUGAGGGAGUGCUACUUCAUGUUUACAUUCAGAAAGAAUCAGUUUGACAGUUUUUUCUAAGCUAAGUUUUUUGUUACCACUGCCUUUUGUUUGGAAGUAAAUUGGGGGGGGGAGCAUAUUAAAACAGUGCAGAAUUUUGCUGGACAGGAGGAUUUUGUAGUGCAGUUAAAACUGUAUACAUGUACAUAUUACCUAAAUAUAAUCUCUCGCAAGGAAAGAAAAGGAAAGCUUACAUGCAAGCAGCUAGUCCAGGAGUCAGCAAAAUAUUUCUGUAAAGGGCUUCGGAGUAAAUAUUUUACACUUUCUGUUGCAACUACCUAGGUCUUGUGGUGAGAAAGCAGCAAUAGACCAUGACUAUGUUCCAAUAAAUCUUUAUUUUGGACAAUGAAAUAUAAAUUUCAUGUAUCUACAUAUGACAAAACAUUUUGAUUUUUGUUUCAACCAUUUAAAACUCAUUGUUGCCUCACAGUCCAUACCCCCAAAAAACAAAUAAAACCAUUUAUGGCCAGUGGGCAGUAGUUUGCUGACCCCUGAGCUAGGUCUCCAAGGAAACUGGGUAAGAAUCAUAUGUAAAAGGCACCAGCAUAACUGCUUUCUUAAUUUGGUAUAUUGCCACAUUAAAUAAACUUGAAACCACACAGUAAGUUAACUGAUGUGUGCCUCUGAUUCUGACACUAAGUCAGAUGUGUUUUUUCCCUUACACCACCAAAGAAUUAAUUAUGGCACUGUCUACCUGGAGAUAGCAUCACAUUCACAGGUUAAGGGUUCAGUCCCAGAGACUAAUUCCCACCUCAGGCUUCAAAGGCCAACCCAACUUCCAGGUUUUCUGUACUUCUGACAGUCUAUAGAUUGGAGAUUCCCACGACCCCCUCCUCAACUUAGAUUAACUUGCUAUGGCAGCUCACAGAACUCAAGAGAAACAUUUUACUUACUAGAUUAUCAGUUUAUUAUAAAAGGAUAUAACUCAGGAACAACCAGAUGGAAGAGAUGCAUAGGGCAAGGUAAUGAAUGGGAUAGGGGCACUGAGGUCAAUGCUCUCUAGGAGACAACUCUUCCCCCAUCUCCUGUUCACCAACUUGGAAGCUCUCUAAACCCUAUCCUUUUGGGGUAUUAUGGAGGCUUUAUUACAGUUACUAGUUAAAUCACUGGUCAUUCACAACUGAAUUUGCAGCCUUUCUACUCUAGGGGGUGAAGGGAGUACUGAAAAGUUACAGCCCUUUAAUCACAGGGUUGGUUCCCCUGGCAACCAGCCCCCAUCCUUACUUAGGAGCUUUCCAAGUCACCUUAUUUACAUAAGCUCAAAUGACAACUUUAUCACACCACAAAAGAAAUUCCAAGGGUGUUAAAUUCCUGUACUAGGAAUGGGGAUGAAGACCAGGUACAUUUAAUAGUAAUCAGUUUCACAGCCUCAGUGAUUGGAAUACAUUUAAAAUAUUAAGUAAUGAAAUACAUAAAGGAUAGAGAUUAUGCUCACAGGUGGAAAAAGCAAAACUAACAAUACAUCAACAAUUAGUAUUGCAGAAAAAUACCUUCCUUUGUUUGUUUUUAGUUAUAGGAUGCUUCCUUUAUAAUACAGAGAUGUUUGCUAAUGGUGUUUAUAAAAAGAACUGCCUUAAGAAACGAACUUGAAAAAUGAAAGGUUCUUAGUGAAGCCAUUAUUUUGCAGAUCAGCAUGGGCCAGAAAUAAUAUAAUCUUGCUUAGGCAAAAGAUUUGUCAAAGUCUAAGUAAAAGCAACUUGUGAACAAAUAACUUUUUAAAAGACUUGAAACUGUGAAUAGUAGAAAAUAGCAAAUAAGUAAAUAGGUAUUUAGUACAUACAGAGCUAAAGCUUUCUCUAAUUUUAAGUUAUUAACCUUACAAAUCAGAGUCCUUUUAGUUUUACAUUACCAAACAAAACACAAAUUACCAAAGGAGUUUAUUUUAAUUCUGAUUGGUCAUGUUUGCACAGUCAACAUCACUCUUCCUCAGGAAUUAUAGAAUGUUAGAACCGGGGGGAGGGGGGGGACCCAACUCCUCAUUAUAAUGAUGGAGAAACUACAGCCCAGAUCAGUGAAAGUAGCCCAUGGUCACUGAUAAAUGGAGCCAGCUAACUCCAAAUACUAUUUCCAUAAAUAGGUUUCAAAUGCUAGAUAAAGAUAACACUUGUAAAGGCUUUUAUGAGAGGGAUCUACCUAACACACUAAAUGCUCUCAUUUACUUGCCCUGUAUUCAAGUCAGCUAAAGCACACUGGUAAUCAUACCACACAGCAAAUUUACUACAACUAUCAUCUAUACACUACAAAUUUGUAAUUCACUUAUAUGAGGAAAAAUGUAGUCUGUGACAAGACAUGAUUUUGUAUUUCCAGCCCUGGACAAAUAGUAAAGGAAGAAGUUUGUUUUUGAUGUCUACCUCUCCGCCAUACUCUUGAUGAAAUUUUCUGCCCAGAUGCCUAUCCUCUGCCCAAAAUUUGAGAGAACACAUAGAAGAGACAGUGAGGAAGAUGUGAAAUUAGGGUGACCGAGUACACAGUUCUCUGUUCUUUUUACUGCGUUAAUUCCAAGAUCAGAAGCUAACAUUUGUAGUGUUUAGGCUAUGCCAAGCAAUGUGCUAAGUAAGCAUUUUCAUGUUGUCAUUUAAUUUUCACCAAUUAAGUAUUACCCCACCCCCCACUUACAUAUGACUAAUACAGAUUAAGUAAUUUCUCAACAUUAAACAAAUAUAUGUCCCCAACCCACUGCUACAAAUUCCCUCAGCAUAUCCCAGUGAAGUAGUUUUACAGAAGGGUAUCUGUGAAAAUGUGCCACCUUUAUAUCCUUGUCUCACUCUGCAACCCAAUACAUACCACAGACUAAAACAACUACCGCAUGUUCUUUCAAUAUUUUCAAGCUAAAUUGAGAAUACCUGUUAAUCAAAUAAUCAGAUUUUGCCUUGCCAAAUAAGACUUAGGAAUAAAUUUCACUUAGGUUAUGAAAUAUUAAGGUGCUUCUAACAUAUUUGCCAUUUAAUCAUUUUAAUUAAAUUUUAAUCCUUAGUUUGUAAUAACUUUCAGUGUAUCACUAGUUGAAGGGGGGGACCUGGAUAAAUUUUAUAGGUUUCAUUAUCAGUACAAUAUUUAUGGCCUCCACACUGAACCCACAACUUUCUGGUGUUUGGGACAAUGCUCCAACCCACUGAGCCACCUGGCCAGGGCUGAAAUUGGUUUCUUUAUAGUUCCUGCUGAUGUAAUUUUCUCAACUUUUCCUCCUUGCAAUUCUAGAAUUACAAUAUGAUACCAUCCCCAAUAAAAUAACUUUUGUUCCUUCAAAUAUUUAUUAAAUAACAAGUGUACUAUAUAUUAGGUGUUGAGAAUAUAAAGGGAAAAAGAAAAUUUGUAAGUCUAGUUCAUUGUUUAGAGCCCAACAUGUACUUAACUAAUACACAAAGAGAUACAAUAAGCAGCGGGAAGAAUUGGUUUUAUACCAGUCGUGGAGUGAGGGGACAGUUGGAGAUGAAAUCAGUAAAUGAUACACAGAGAUGGUAUUUCACUAGAAUUUUGAAAAGAGAAGAUUUCAUUAUGGUGUAUCCCCAGGCAGAGAUUUCCCCCAGCAAGGCAAAGAAUUUUAAAAGUACAAAAAGGGAGUGGCAAGUACUCCCAUCUGUUCAAGCUGAAAAUUAGGUACAUCAAAUGGAAGAAGAGAUUGUAGUAGAUGAGGCUGAAAAGGAAGGGCCUUAUCAUGAAGGCUCUUCAGUGCUAUGCUGAGCAUUUGGCCUUUAUUCUUCAGGAAAGCAGCCUUGUAACAUUUCUAAGCAGAAGAGUAACAAUCAUUUUUAUCUUAGGAAGGUUAAUCUAGUGGUGGUAGAGAACUGAUUGAGGUGACAGAUGGUUAUAGACUUAGUUUGAUGAUCAGCCUGUAAUGUAUAUGUUAAAUUAAAUCUUUGUGUUGUAUACCUGAAACUAGUGUAUGUCAACUACAACUUUUAAAAGAAUGGAUUGGAAUGGGGGGUUGGGACUGAAGACUGCAGGCAGCUAGAACAUUUUAGGUGACUUUAAAAGUCCAGGUGAGAUGAACAUCUAUAACAGGAGUAGAAAAAUUAUAAACAUUUCUGGGGUCAACUCAAGAAAAUCUCAUGAUACACUGUACACAGAGGAAAAGAGAGAGAAAUCAGAUUACUAUGAAAAGACUGUGUAGAGAAAACAGCUAUGCCAGUAACCAUGUUAGGAGAAAAGUUUCGGGGCAAGAGAGAAGAGUUUAGAUUUGAUUACAAGGAUCAUUAGAAUUUAGAGAACCAAGGCUGACUUAAGUCAUGGAAUUAUGAAGAUUGUUCAGGGACCCAGUGUAGAGACCUAAAGGUAAGAACCAUGGAGACUACUUUAACUAGUGGUGGAGAAGCAAAAGCAGCUACCCGAAGAAGUGGAAAAACAAAAAAGAACAAAUAGCUCAUAUACAGUCUUAAGGAAUAAAUUAGUGAUAACACCACAAGGGUUAAACAGAAGAAUUGAGAAAUGUACCCACUGGAUUUGGCAAAUGGUGACCUUUGAAACAUUUCAGUUUAGUGAUUAAAUCUGAAGAUUAAAAUGAAACUGUAGUUUGACGAGGAGGUGAAGGCAGACAGAUUUUUCAAAAACUUUGCCAAUCAGGAGUAGAGAUGAAACAGUAACAUAAACAAAAGCCAAAUUCAGGAGAAGGGUUUCUUUGAAAAGACAGACCUGAGAUUUUUCCAUAUAAAAAUCUGGCUAAGUUAAAAACAAAAAAUUUCAAGGAAAGAAGAGACUUGAAGCCCUGGCUGGUGUAGCUCAGUGGAUUGA